UCCAAAUUUCGAUUCCACCAAACUCCCGCACACGCACAAAAAAACAAGUCACGAAGCCAACUAAUUUGGUUUUUCCUUUCCUUUCUUUUCUUUUUCCUUUCUGCUCUGUUAUAGUCUUAUAGACAUGAAUGGGGAUGGAAAGGGGGGAGAGAAGAGACUCGCAAUGGAAGAAAUGGUAAAGGAAAGGUUAGUCUUUAUGUGGGGAUAUCUCCCGGGAGCUUUGCCGCAAAGGUCGCCGAUUUUGUCGCCGGUGGUUGUGCGAGCCGAUGGGUACACUUGGAAGGACGUUUGCGGCGGCGGUUGUGGAUUCGCCAUGGCUAUUUCUGAGUCUGGAAAGCUCAUUACUUGGGGUUCAACAGACGAUUUAGGUCAAAGCUAUGUGACAUCCGGGAAACAUGGGGAAAUUCCUGAGCCUUUCCCUCUCCCAACUGAAGCUACCAUUGUAAAAGCUGCAUCUGGUUGGGCCCAUUGUGUAGCAGCUACAGAUAGCGGAGAAGUUUAUACAUGGGGCUGGAAAGAGUGUGUUCCAUCAGGGAAGGUCUUUGGUGACCCAUCUGCAGUGGGAGAGCUAGAAAAGGAUGUGUUUGAAAGACAGAGUCCAUUUUUAACAGAGCAAGUGAGCCCUCGCUCUCAAGGUUCGAGAUCUAGUGGUGGAAUUGAUAGCAGAGGAGGUGGAGAUGAAAGUACAAAGCGCAGGAGAGUUUCAUCUGUGAAACAAAUAGCUGAAAGCUCAUCUUCUGCUGACGAGACACUCUCAGCUUUCCCGUGUCUAGUAACAUUGAAUCCAGGAGUAAGAAUUGCUUCUGUAGCUGCUGGUGGUCGCCACACUUUAGCAUUGUCAGUUUCAGAUAUAGGACAGGUGUGGGGUUGGGGCUAUGGAGGCGAAGGGCAACUCGGUUUAGGCUCCCGGAUACGCAUGGUGUCCUCUCCACAUCCCAUACCGUGUAUUGACUCUUCUUAUGGAAAAGAUAGACCUGGAGCACUUUCUCAUGGAGGCAUGACUUUGGAGGGACAUAGUCUUAGAAUUCCUGGAAGUUAUGUGAAGGGGAUUGCUUGUGGAGGGCGACACAGUGCAGUAAUCACAGAUGCAGGGGCACUCCUUACUUUUGGCUGGGGACUCUAUGGACAGUGUGGAAAAGGGAGUACAGACGACGAGCUGAGCCCAACUUGUGUAUCUUCAUUGCUGGGCAUACGGAUAAAGGGUGUUGCUGCAGGAUUGUGGCACACUGUUUGUGUUUCUGCAGAUGGCGAUGUCUAUGCAUUUGGUGGGAAUCAGUUUGGGCAAUUGGGAACUGGUGGUGAUCAAGCAGAGACUAUACCUAGACUCUUGGAUGCUCCAAGCUUGGAAGAUAAAAAUGCAAAAAUUCUCUCUUGCGGGGCUCGUCAUACUGCUAUGGUAACAGAGGAUGGGGAAGUAUUUUGCUGGGGGUGGAACAAGUAUGGCCAGCUUGGUUUAGGGGAUGUGAUUGACCGCAACAUUCCUUCUCCAGUUACUAUAGAAGGUUGUGUCCCUAGAAAUAUAGCUUGUGGCUGGUGGCAUACCCUACUUUUGGCCGAAUUGCCUGCUUGAGUAGCUGACUUAUACAAGCCUUGGCACAGUUUUGUUAGCUUAGAUGUUUCUCCAAUUGAUAUAUUAUCAUUAUUAUUAUGUAUAUGUAAAUACAGUAGUUUGAAUACAUAUUCAUAUGCUUGUUCUCAUUCUUCCAGGGCUUAGGUUCACCUAGUUAGUCCAUUUAACAGUGUUCAUAAGAGCUACAUGUUGCUCUUGAGAUGUACAACAUAAUGUAGGUCCACUGUGUAUAUUAUUUUUUUUCUUUAAUAGAAUUUGAACACUGUAAUCAUAUGCCUUAGAAAGCUAAUUAUUGUUAUA